AAAUUGCGCAAGGGGCGGUCUUGGUUUUCAUAUAAAUUGGAGGAGCAGAUUCCUCGGUGACUUCAGAGAGAGGCGUCCUCCUUCCUUCCCACCAAGAGUUUCCUGGGUCUUCCCCAAAGCCAAGAUGAGAGUCUUCUUCAGCCUGGUCAUCCUCUCUUUCAUGGUGGCCACAUGUCAAGGAGCAUGCUUUUUUGGUCUCUUUAAACCUCAGCUUAUAGAUGGUAAAGAGGUGUGGCCAACCAAAUGCGUGGAUCCAUAUGAUAAAAAAAAGCAUCCCAUUGGGUCCAAAUGGAAUACAGCCCACUGUAUGAAAUGCGACUGCCUCAAAACAGGAUUGUCAUGCUGCCACAGGUAUGGUGGGCCUGCCAUAAUGGAAGGAUGCAAAACAGUGAUAAAUCCAAUAACAUGUAAACAUGAAUUCUAUAGGCUCGAUGACCCCUCAAAGCGCUGUGAUAACUGAUCUCUUCUCUUGGACACACUGGAAUAAAUCUCUUAUGUAUAAAUGAAAUGGAAUAAAUCUCUCACAUAAGCAUCUUAAA